AUGGUUAAAGAAACUAAGCUUUACGAUUUGCUAGGGGUGUCAUCUAACGCCAGUGAUGCUGAACUCAAAAAGGCAUAUAGAAAGAUGGCUCUGAAGUACCACCCUGACAAGCCUGGUGGAAAUGCAGAGAAGUUCAAAGAGAUCUCAGAGGCUUACGAAAUUCUUUCAGACCCAGACAAGAGAGAAGUUUACGAUCAAUACGGAUUGGAAGCUGCCCGUGGAAAUGCUCCCGCUGGAGGCAAUCCAUUCGGCGGCGCAUCAGGCUUUAGCAGCGGCGGCGGAGGAGGCCGUACGUUCUCUCAAGCCGACGCAUUCAACUUAUUCAACCAAUUCGGUGGCUUUGAAGAAAUGUUUGGAGAUUCUGGUGGCUUUAGGACAUCCAGAGGAAGCUCACCGUUCAGCUUCACCUCCAUGGGAGGAGGAAUGCCUGGUGGAUUCGGAGGCAUGGGAGGCGGCAUGCCUGGAGGAUUUACAAGUGCCCAGCCCAAAGAGCCUACCAUUGUCGAUCUGAAUGUUCCUGUUCCAUUGGAAUUACUAUACACUGGUGGAUCCAAGAAAAUGAAAAUUAGACGGAAGGGUCCUUCUGGUCAGUUAGAGGAGAAGAUAAUAGAUAUCAACAUCAAGCCGGGCUGGAAGGCCGGCACGAAGAUCACGUAUCCAAACGAAGGAGAUUACCAAGACGGAAUGAGACAAACACUAAGAUUCACGAUUGUUCAGAAACCGCAUGAAACUUUCACCAGAGAAGACAAUAACCUGAGGACCACAGUAAAACUCUCAUUCAAGGAAUCAUUGCUAGGAUUCGAGAAGGAAGUCACCACACUGGAUGGCAGAAGAAUACCACUCACCAAGUCAUCGCCAACGCAACCUGGAUCCGUCAGCACAUACCCAGGACUGGGAAUGCCAAUUUCUAAAUCUCCGGGCUCUAGAGGAGAUCUGAUCAUAGAAUUCAAGGUGGAUUACCCAGUCUUCCUCACACAACAGCAGAAGCAGGCAAUAAGUGCCAAUUUCUAA